AUGAAAUAUAUAGAUUCAUUACAAUUAAUUGGAUUAAAUUCAUAUUUGAAUAGUAUCGAUGUUGGGGAUGCACUUUUGAUGGGUGAAUUAGAAGCUUAUUCAUGUAAAAUGGCAGGUUCAGAUAAAAAGAUAUACAGGUCUUUAGAUAAAGAACUUGAAGAAUUAUCAAAUACAAAUAGUGGAGCAAUGAAUAUAACAAAUAGUAAUAAUAACACUAAUAAUAAUAACAAUAACAAUAGCAAUAGCGGCAGCAGCAAUAAUAAUAAUAAUAAUAAUAAUACAUUAUCAGUAUCAAUGAAUUCACCAUCACCAACAUCAAAUAUAUCAGUAUCACCAUUUGGACCAAUGUCAAAUAGUACAAGUAGAAAAACUAUGAUCUAUUUGAUACAGUUACUGAAUUUGUCAUUCCCAGAUUAUGAUUUCACAGAUUCUAAACCAGAACAAUUUCAAAAAGAACCAAGCUUAAAUUUAGUUAUCAAUAGUAUCAAUGCAAACUUGGCUGGUUAUAUAAAAGAUUAUUAUUUAGAGUUUGAAGCUAAACUUUGGUCAACUUUAGAAAGUGAAAUAAGUUUACAAAAAUGUGAAAUUUAUUUAUAUAAACCUGAAAAUGGUGAUCCUUUCACAGAAAAUGGUGUAUUGUUCAGUUUUAAUUAUUUUUUUUAUAAUAAAUCAUUAAAAAAAAUAAUAUUCUUCAAAUGUAGAUAUAUAAGUAAAUUACAAAUUUUAAAUGAUGAUGGAUCAGAUGUAAAAGACCCUCUACCUGAUCAAGAGGAACUUGAUGAUUAUUAUAGGGAAUAUUAUGAUGGUGAUACAAUUGAUAAUAUGGAAAUGUCAUAA